GUGUGUUUUAAGAAGAUUGAAGAUGGCGACCAGCUCGGAACGCAGUCCUCCUCCGUUUCCCGACUCCGAGGACCAAGAUGUGCUGGACUCAGAGGAAGUCGGAGGCCGAGACAGUGAUGAAGAAGACGACGGAGACGACCUCUUCAUGAGCGCAACCAACGCUCCACUUACUGAAAUGGACAGCCCACUGUCACCUGCCAGUCAACCCAGUGAGGUUUUAAUGAAGCCUCCCACUGACCUCAUGGACGAUCCCAUAAUCGAGCCCAUCAGCAGCCAAAUGGAAAACCAACCAGUGAGCGAAGUUGUAAACGAAUCCUCAGAUGAUUUUGUCGACCUAACAAACAAUCUAACCGACUCUCCUGAUGAAGCAGACGCAGCUGAAAGUGCUGUUGAAGAUGCAGCAAAAGACACAACUGAAAUCCCUUUAGAUGAGCCCUCAGAUGAUUUUGUUGACAUAUUUGGAAGUGAAACUGAAGCACCGCCAGAGAAAGUUAUGGAAGAGGAUGUUGCGGAGGUUACUGUUGAAGCAGCAACGGAUAAAAGUGAAGUGGCCAGUAGUGUUACACUUCCACCUGGUGACGGGGAAACAGGAAGUGAAGAGGAAGAGGAAGAGGAAAAGGAAGCAAAAACUUCCACUGAUCCAAUUAUCGACCUCAGUGAAACACAACAGCUACAACCUGCCAGCCACACAUUUGUUGACCCUUUGGUUGACCUCCUUAGUGAUUCUGCACCCACUGCUGAUGCCAAAAUACCCAGCCGGGCAACAGUCGAUCUGUUCGAAGACGAGGGGAGCGACUUUUUCACAGAAUCACGGCAAACUAAAUCUGCCAAGCAGCAACAGAAAAGCCUCUUCGGUGAACUUGAUGAGGAUCUGUUCGGUGAGCCGCUGGGUGUCACAUCAAAGAAAGCUGUCAACGUAGAGCAGAAGGACAAACCUGUCAAAACCAAAGCUGCUACUACUGAUGUUAGCAACAUGGGUGGGCCGCUGCAGGACAUUAAUCCUGCAGAACCUGCUGAUCUCUUCAGUGAGGAAGCCGUCGCCACAGUGCCCAGCAUCAAAAACACCAGCACUGUCAACUCCAAGACUAAUGGAGUCAACUCUGAAGAGGAGAUCGAUAUAUUUGCUGAAGCCACAGUGGAGCUUUCCCUCGACAGUCCGCGGGACGAGAGAAAGAAAGACGUGUCGGACACACCGUCUGUGUCCGCGGCCCCCUCCCUGUCAGCAACUGCCAGCCUGGUUAAGCCCAUGCCUGCUGCCCUGGAGGAGUUGGAGGAAGAAGAAGAAGAAGAAGAAGAAGAGCAGGAAGACAAAUUUGAGGUUUUUGUCUCCGUCAAAGACCCUGAAAAAAUAGGGGACGGAAUGAACGCCUACAUGGCCUACAAAGUAACCACACAGACCCAACUGCCCAUGUUCCGCAACAAGACUUUUACAGUGAGGCGACGCUUCAGCGACUUCCUCGGACUCUACGAGAAGCUUUCUGAAAAACAUGGACCAAACGGAUUCAUCGUGCCUCCGCCACCAGAGAAGAGCAUUCUGGGUAUGACGAAGGUGAAGGUGGGAAAGGAUGACUCUUCAUCGGCAGACUUUGUUGAGAGAAGAAGAGGUGCUCUGGAGAGGUAUCUCCAGAGGGUGAUCAAUCACCCGUCACUUCUGCAGGAUCCUGAUGUCAGAGAGUUCCUGGAGAGAGACGAAUUGCCCAGAGCAGUGAGCACUCAGGCUCUGAGCGGCGCCGGCUUCCUGAAAAUGAUCAACAAAGCAACAGAUGCUGUCAGUAAAAUGACCAUCAAGAUGAAUGAGUCAGACGUGUGGUUUGAGGAGAAGCUGCUGGAAGUCGAGUCUUCAGACCAGCAUUUCAGGAAGCUCCUCGCUCUGGUCGAGUCUCUGGUCGUCCACAGGAAAGAGCUGUCGUUAAACACAGCCAGCUUUGCCAAAAGCACGGCCAUGCUGGGCAGCGCAGAGGACAACACCGCUCUGUCCCGAGCUCUAUCUCAGCUGGCAGAGGUGGAGGACAAGAUGGAGCAGUUACACCAGGAACAGGCUGCGAACGACACCUUCAGCUUUGCAGAACUCAUCGCAGAUUACAUCCGUCUGCUCGGAGCCGUGAGGGGGUCGUUUGAUCACCGGAUGAAGGCGUGGCAGCGUUGGCAGGACGCUCAGGCCGUGCUGCAGAAGAAGAGGGAGACCGAGGCCAAACUGCUUUGGGCCAACAAGCCCGACAAACUGCAGCUGGCCAAAGAGGAGAUCGCUGAGUGGGAGGCCAAAGUGACGCAGUACGAGAGAGACUUUGAAAGAGUUUCUGCGACCGUGCGCAAGGAAGUCGUCCGCUUUGAGAAAGAAAAGGCCCGGAACUGUAAAAGAGAGAUAAUUAAUUACUUGGAGUGUCUGCUUCAGUCUCAGCAGCAGCUCAUAAAGUACUGGGAGGCUUUCUUACCAGAAGCGAAAGCAAUCGCCUAAUCCUCCAGCACCAGCCUUUUGGAUGACGAAACAGGCUGCCUUUUUCUUAUACACUUUACCUCUUGCCUUUAAACCAAGGAAAAUGCGCGCAUUGUAAAGGGAGAUACAAUCAACCAGUUUUUUUUUUAUCACCUUUAACCUAUAGCUCUGUACUCUAUUGUAUUAAUAAUUGUAUAUUUUUCAUUUAACCUUCCACAAAUAUUUUCUUAUUAGAUGAAAAGAGUUUGCAUAUACAAAGAUUAUGGACACACAAAAAGAGAAACAGAUGAAUGAUUCCAUUAGUUUCCACCGGAGAAGGAAAACAAAGCGAGUCCGUUGUUCUCAGGAUCCUUCACAUCAGCAGUGGUUAAGUGUUUACAGCGGAGCUACUCUCUCAUCAAAGAUUUCUGGGGACCCAGAUGAAGAAAGUGGCCACGAGUCUCACUCGGUUUGUUCUUUUCAACGACUCAAAGGGAUAAAAUAACAGUUAAAACAAAUAAGAAUUAUGAGCACUUCCACCUGGUGGAUAAAGUACUUAAGUACCAGCCAUGUUUUUGUUUGUUCUUUUCAGAUUUAAAAUACUAUCGAUGCUGAAGGGUGGGUGGGGGGGGGGGGGGGUGCAGGGUAUUGAGAGGCAUUAGAUUAGUACAGCUGUGGUUACAGGGUUGCAUCGUAGGUCAAGCUUGUGAGUUAAAUGUUUUAGAUAUGAUUUCAUCAUCAUCAUAGUGCAAACUUUACUCUUAUAACUACACAUGUCUGUGCCUUUUUAAGUCAGAAUGGUGUUUUGGGUAUAAUCCAGUUAGGGAGAAAGUUGUACUGUGUUGUGGGCGAUGCAGCGGCUCGUUAACAGCCAUAAUGAUAUAAUGUUAAAGCCCAUUUACUACAAAUUAAGUGUUUUUCCUAUAUAUUCUUGCUUAUAACUCUGCAAAGUUUUUUUCCUUUUUGAAUGUGUUACUUUCCAGACAGCCUACUGUGUGAUAAUCAACCUGCACUGACUCGGAACAGUUCAUCCUCACAGUGAGCUUCGUGUCUGAGGUGACGCAGUACAGCUAAGUGUCAGUCGAUCCUCAUGACGAACUUUAGGAAAGAUCCAGUAAAUGUUGACACCGUAUGGAUUAGCCUUCGCGAGCACGUUUCAAGUCUCUGCAGGUUCAUUAUGUUCAUGCUGUGGUGGUGAAGUGAAUGGAAACCAAAGGCUGCCUGGAUGCUAGGGUUCUCACACCUGCUUUGAGGUUUGGUUGUCCGUGAUGCGAUGGCUGCAACUAACAAUUAUUUUCAUUAUGUGUUAAUCUGUCUUAAAAAAAAAAAAAAAAAAAGUUUCCCAGAGCUGAGGCGACGUGUUGAAAUAGUUUCUGACUAAUGAUUGUGUUUUAAAGGUACCCUGUGGAGGUUUUGAGCAGUAAUGGCUUCAUAUGUUUGUGUCCCGUUAGAAUCUCUCCGUCUCUCCUUCACACGCAGGUCUGUUGAUGCUUUCAUGCGUUCCCGCUGAUCGGCAGCAGGCGGCAGUGACGUGCCAAGAAGACUGCCAGCUAGUAGACAUGGACGCAAACAAUGUAGAGUUCAAAUUCUUCCACUAAAACAAAACCACAUUUGAGAGAAGAUACUAAAUGCACUUUGAGAGACGGUGAAUGUAAACUUAACUUUAACCAAGAAUCCACAGGGUACCUUUAAUUUACUACGAUAUGAAACAACAGAAGCAAAUCCUCAGAUUUGAGAAAGUGGAACAAGCGACGGUUAAAUUCUGAUUAAUUAUCAGCAUUGUUUGAGAUUUACUUGUCUGUUGAUCGGCUAAUCAUGUCAGCACUAAAUAAUACUGUGUGGGAUUUCUAGUAAGUGGGAAACAACAUGCAGAAAGAGACUGUUGAUGCUCGUAGACAUGAGAUUAAUGUCAGAUACUAAAAGUACUGAUGUCAUAAUGAACCCUGUGCAUCCCUGGAGCCUCAGGCUGCAGUUUGACACGUUGCGUUAACAUCAAACGGUAACAAACCUGUGGCACGGCUGCCAUCUUUUGAUUACAGCUUUAAUUUCACAUUUGCGCACACUUAAAUUGAAGCCGUGUAGUGACGACCUACACCGUAUCAGUUGUUGUCACCUGUUAACCUGCGGACAUUUCUUUUGUUUUUGACAAUAAGAUGCACGCUUGUUUUAAACCUGUGGUCAGACAGCACUCGAGUAAAACUGGUUGUUAGUGCAGCCUCACGCUGUAUGUCAUCACGUGUCAAUGUGCAGAGCAAUGUCAGCACUGUGUCAUAGAAAUUUCUUUUUAAACAAAUCAAUAAAAGUUGCACUGUUUACACUUGGAAAUUUCAUUAAGAA